AUGGGUGGCCGAUGGGUCACCGGGUUUCUGGGUUCUCUCCUUUGGGGUAUCAGUUUGUACGGCUGCCUUACCACCGAUCCGCUGAAGAAGCCCUUCGGCUACUUAUCCUUUGUGCUGGCCAAGUCGCACGGAAUGCUGGGGAUGCUGAACAGUCUGCAAAAGCACGACAAAUGUAGUGAGGCUGCCCGAUUUGGGAAACUGAUGGACUGCGUCCAGCUUACUCUGUUCAAUAGUGAGUUAUACGAGCAGUCCGAGGGGCUUGGCAGAGCGAUUCUUUACGGGAUGUGCAUGACCCCGCUGAUCCACACCAUGGCCAAGGAUCCGAAUCAGAAGCUGUGGAAGUGCCUGCUCACAUUCUACAACUGCAGCUCCCUUACACUUCGGGCCAAUAAUGAUUCCAACUGGCUAUGGAUUGCCAUUGGCAUGCUGCAUUUUGUUACCGUGGAAGGCAUUGAACUAUUGGGUGGGAAGUUUCGUAGAGCUAUUGGACCACAAAUCGCCUACAUAACCCGGAUAAUUGUCACUUAUUUGGCAUUGCAGGCAAUUAAUGGAACGCCUUAG